AUGCCAGCCAAACGAAAAAACCCUGAGGGUUCGGUCCCUCAGCUACGAUCAGGGCGCCGCUCACGUACAACAACGGACAAUGAGUCUGCCAGUGCCACCCCACCCAUGGUUGCCAUCAAGGCUGAAAUUAAGUCUGAGCCUCGCACUCCAAAGGUUCAAUGGGACACCAAUGAACGCUGGACAGAGCGCCUAAUUGAAUAUCUCACAAACCACCUUGAUGUUCGACUGAAAAUGUUCAGUGAUUCUGUCAAGGAUGCAAGGAAGGAGUCACGGAAAAAGGUUGUCGGUAGCAAACCCAAAGUUGAAUAUUACCGUGAGAUAGCAAAGGCUGUCUUUGAUGUUGAAGGGGAACCGGAUCACGGCGCUUAUUUAAUGGAACCUGAGCGCUAUGCAACCUCUGUCUUAGGUCGGAUCACUUAUUUACAGAAGACAUACACCGGAUAUCGCAAAAUGCUACAGCAGACCGGUGAGGGCCUCAAAGAUGAGGAUGAGGAUAAGAAUGAAAUGCACAGAAACCAGCUAGAGAUGAUUCGUGCAUCUUUCCCGUGGUGGAACACACUGCAUGGAUGGUGGUCAGAGCAUCCAAAAUACGCAUUCCAGAUGGUAACAAACUCAACAAGCGGCACUGGGAAGAUGAGCAAGUUGCUGCACCCAUUGAGACCAAUACCUCCCGUCCACCUUCACCACCAGCCAUCGUAA